AUGAGGCCGUUUUCACGCAGAGUGGCCUCUCGGGGGCUUGGGCUGUCUGCAAGAUAUACGAACCGCCCAGGCCUUGUAGCCUCUCAGUGCUUCCGGGCCUUUUCGAUGACGGCGUCGAGGCGUAGUGAGGAUGGCUCGAGAAAGUGGUCUACGCCUCUCGCAAAGCAACUCGCCCAAGCCAUGGAGAUGACCGGGCCUAUCCCCCUUGCCAGCUAUAUGCGCAUGUGCCUGACGGGUGACGUGGGCGGCUACUAUACCGGGGCCCUCGAGCAGGGAAGAGACCAAUUUGGCCAGAAGGGGGAUUUUGUCACCUCGCCAGAGAUUUCUCAGAUAUUUGGAGAGCUCAUUGGCAUAUGGUUCGUGGCCGAAUGGAUGUCCCAGGGCCGCCCAAGGACGGGCAUUGAGCUCAUUGAGGUCGGCCCUGGGAGAGGCACUCUGAUGGAUGACAUCCUACGGACCAUCUCAAACUUCAAGGAAAUGGCCAAUGCGAUCGACGCAAUCUACAUGGUCGAGGCCAGUCCCGAGCUCAGAGUUACCCAGAAGAACCUCUUGUGUGGGCAGGACCGACAAAUGACAGAGUCCAAGAGUGGUUACCACAGCACAUGCAGAUAUGCAGAUCUCCCAAUUGUGUGGACCGAGGCUGUCAGAUCAAUUCCUCAAGGCUCGGACAAGGUCCCCUUCAUCGUAGCCCACGAAUUCUUCGAUGCCCUGCCCAUACACACCUUCCAACUCGUCACCGUCCCCCAUUCGCAGGCGCCCACCCAGUCUUCCUCCCCAUCAUCGCCCCAGGCAUCAGACUCCACAAAGCCAACCGUCCAAUGGCGCGAAAUGGUCGUCUCGCCCACACCGCCAGGCUCGACGCACCAGAGCCUCGGGACGCCCAAGUCCCAGUCCACAGACACACCCGUGCCGGACUUCCAGCUCACCCUGUCGCCAUCCUCAACUCGCCACUCACUCUACCUGCCCGAGUCGUCCCCGCGCUACCGCGCCAUGAAAUCCAUCCCGGGGGCGCUCAUCGAGAUCUGCCCGGACGCAUCCUUAUACGCGACAGACUUCGCGACGCGCAUCGGCGGGUCCGCAAAGCACCCCAAGCACAAGCCGUCGGGGGCGGCCCUGAUCCUCGACUACGGGCCCGGCGACGGCACGGUGCCCGUCAACUCGCUGCGGGGGAUUAGCAGGCACCGGCGCGUGAGCCCCUUCGCCGAGCCGGGGCUGACAGACCUGAGCGCCGACGUGGACUUUGCCGCCGUUGCCGAGACGGCCCUGAGGGCGAGCGAGGGCGUCGAGGUGCACGGUCCUGUGGAGCAGGCGGCGUUCCUCGAGGCCAUGGGCAUCAGGGAGCGCGCCGAGAUGCUGGUCAAGGCACUUAGGCAGAAGGGCGAGGGCGAGGCCAAGGCCCAUGACGUUGAGAAGGCGUGGAAGAGGCUCGUUGAUCGCGGCCCGGACGGGAUGGGUAAGACGUACAAGGCGCUCGCGAUAUUGCCGGAAAACGAUGGUAAGAGGCGACCGGUUGGUUUCGGAGGUGACGUUCGAGCUUGA